AAGGUUUCUGUUUAAAGACCGGUGGGGGUCUAGUAACUCCAUGCGUGUGUGCGCGUAUGAACACAUACUCGGUGAGUGCCCGAGAAGACUGGAAAAUGUCGCUAGUUGGCGAGGACUAAACGCCCGCAACAACGAGAAGGAGAUUCUUCUGCUGUCUUCCGAACCAACAAAUGGGUCUGAAAUGCUAAUGUUGCACUAUAGGCUCUGGGAUGUCCACGACGUUGCUGCAAUCCUUUGCGUCGCUCUCUACAUGUGUCACUUGGUCGGGGCCAUCUCCAUCCACUCUCCCCAGCGAAGCUUCAUCCGGUCAGUGCAAGAGGAUGUCUUCUUCUCCGUGGACGUGUCCUGCAACUGUACCCCCAUUGUGCAGUGGACCUUCAUGUCGGCCUCGGUGAGCCGCGCCAUCGGCACCUGGCGGCCGGGUGUCUUCGCCAACAUCACGGCCGACUAUGACGGCCGUGUGGAGUCGCAUUACAAUGGCUCAAUGGGCCUGGCCCGUUUGCAGCUGCAGGACGCCGGCUUUUACGUGGUGACGGUCACCGACGAUGCAGGUGGCAGCAAAGACGCUGGAUUUGUCCUCAAGGUCAACGAGGUUCUGUACGAGGACCUGCAGUACUUGUCGGUGUCGGCCUUGGCCCUGGGCUGCUUGGCGGGUAUCCUCAUGUUAUGCAUGUGGCUCUUGAAUAAGGCAUACAAGAAGAUCGUGGCGUGUAGGCGGAGAAAGCAGAUGCCAGAAAAUGACGCAACAGAGCUGCAACCUCUUUGACGCAUGGUGGGACUACUUUUUUUAUUCCAAGAAGACAGGACUAUUUUUUUCCUUCUAAAACAAAACAAACAAAAAAAAGGACGCAUAUUCCGAUAAGUGAGAUGGAGGUGGAUUUUUUUUUCCAACUACAUUAAUGACUCUGUAAAUAGGAACUGUAUUUAUUGACAAAAAUAUGAAAAAAAAAAAAAAUUAUACAUAUAUUGGUAACUGCCUGCUCACUUGGUACAAUUUUGUCAUCUCAACAGAUUGUGACAUUCGCAUUUAUUGGAAAUUUGACGUUAAAAAAACAAAACCAAACCUGCUUUUUACAUUGAAGUUAAAGAUGUAAUACUUUAUACUUAUGACGUUAAGCUUUAAAAAAAAAACAUACUUCUUAAAAUAUAUCGAAAACAUGAUUUUUUUUCCCCUCAUGAAAAUUUUCUCGAAAAUAACAUUUUCUCUUUAAAACUUGAAAGUAUUAUAUUUAUUAAU